AUGGCUGUGAACCCGAAUCACGACGACACCGUUGCCAUGGAACGGAGGCUCUCCGUCCAGAAAGAAGAAGGCCAUGAGAUGACCCAUGAAACUUCGACAGGGGAGGCGCUUGACGUGGAGCUUGACCCGGCAAUGGAGCAAAAGCUCCUGAUGAAGCUCGAUUUGGCCUUUGUCCCAAUCAUUAUGCUCACUUACUUAUCCUGCUUCCUCGAUCGCUCCAAUAUCGGAAAUGUGAAGGUUGCAAAUAUGCCGGAAGAUAUCCACGCCUCCACCAGCCAGUUCUCCAUAGCAGUCUCCAUCUUCUACGUCACCUAUGUCCUCUUCGAAUCGCCCUGGGCCGUUUUGAUGAAGAAGCUCACUCCUCGGAACAUCCUGACUGGCUUGUGUAUUGUCUGGUCCUUGACCACGAUCUUCACGGGCUUCAUCAAGUCUGUAGGCUCUCUGUAUGCUACGCGUCUGAUUCUCGGCGCCUGCGAGGCCGGACUAUUCCCUUGCCUGAACUUGUACUUGACCAUGGUCUAUCGCCGGGAGGAGCAAGCCAAGCGGGUUUCGUAUCUGCUGAGUUGUGCGGCCAUCUCGGGCGCGGUUGGUGGAUUGCUAGCGUAUGCUAUUCUUCACAUGGAUGGCGUUGCCGGCAAGGCUGGAUGGAGGUGGGUCUACAUCAUCGAAGGUAUUUUCAGCGCCCUUUGUGCGAUUCUCAUCUGGUUUGGCCUGCCGAAUGAUCCUGCUGAAGCCUAUUUCUUGAACGAUGAAGAGAAAUGGAUGAUGCGCGUACGCAAUGAGCAACGGCGGAAGUACAUGGGAAGCGAGAAGUUCAGCUGGGAGGAGAUGCGCAUCGCAUUGCGCGACCCCAAGCUGUACUUCUCAGGACUCAUCCAAUUCUGCCAGGACAUUCUCUUGUAUGGAUUCAGCACGUUCUUACCCACAAUUUUGAAAGGCAUGGGCUACAACUCUUUGAUGAGCAACGUAUUGACCGUCCCUGUGUACAUAUGGGCGGCUUCGGUCUUUAUUGCCGUGGCAUUCUGCGCCGAUCGAUACUCCAAGUUUGCGUCGUUCAUCUUCGCAACAAACAUUUUCGGUAUCAUCGGCUACAUCCUGCUGCUAGCUGUAUCCAACAGGGCAGUGCAAUACUUUGCAACCUUCCUCAUCGGAAUCACCACUUACACCGGCGUCGGAUUGAAUGUCGCAUGGAUCAACGUGAAUGUCGCUCCUCAGUAUCGACGAGCGCUGGAGAUUGGAUUACAACAGACAAUGGGCAAUUGUGCCGGAAUUGUGGCAGGACAAAUUUAUCGCAAAUCACCAUACGUGCUGGGAAAUUCUUUCUCCCUAGGGGUCCUGGUGGUAGCCCAGAUCGCCGUGGCGGGACUUGGGUUCUAUCUGCGUCGUGAGAAUCGGGUCAAGGAGCAGAUCGAGAAUGGUGAGAAGGAGGAUACACGACGGGUUCGCACGGGCGAUGGUGCGGUGGAUUUCAAGUACCUUUACUGA